CGUCUCUUAUUUUAUAUACUCUUUGCUUGUCUUGUCAAAUCAGCCUAAUGUCUAGACCCAAUAUCUCAAUCUAAAAUUCUUAUUAAUAUUAAUAAAUUAAGUAAACUCUGGCGCUUAACUGAAAUUUAUAGUAGUGUUGUGUCUAUAAAAUACAAAGUAGUGCACUUGCCUGGAGAAAAAAUUGUUGUAGAGGUUGGCUCAAAUAAACUCAAAGAUGGUAUUUUAAUAGUAAUUAAAUGAACAUGGAUAUUAUUGAAGAAGCGGCGCGGCUUUAAUGCCCUAUAUAGUACGUCAUCAUUUUCUAUACUUUUAUUGGUAUUUUAUUUAUUAAUUCUUAUAUAUUUUGUCAUCAUGAACAGAAUCAAGAAUAAUACUAGAAUGCCAAGGAAUUCCGGAAGUACAAAUGAGACCGAUGUUCACGCAGAUGCGUGUAGGCUCAUUGCGAACUCGAAUAAACCGCCCGAACCAAAAUAUGAAAACUCUUGGACUGCAGGAGUUCAAAUGUUUGUGUCGUUUCUGCUCGCCGGAUAUGGAAUGGUUGCAGCCAGUUUGUUGCUUGAUAAAGUACAACAUUGGGAUGUCUUCCAAGUAGUGUCAGAAGUGUACAUUUUAGUUCCAGCACUUCUGGGAUUAAAAGGAAAUUUAGAAAUGACUCUAGCAUCAAGAUUAUCAACACAUGCACAUUUAGGACACAUUGAUAGCAAUCUUAGUACUUUGAUUGUGGGUAACAUGUGUCUCAUUCAGUGUCAAGCAGUUCUUGUUGGGUUUUUAGCUGCUAUGGCUGCAGUGGCUAUGGGUUGGAUACCGGAUGGCCAGUUUGAUAUACAUCAUGCCAUGUUACUAUGUGCUUCGAGUGUUCUAACAGCCUCAUUUGCAAGUUUGGUGCUUGGUUUAAUAAUGAUUGGUGUGAUAGUGCUUUCUAAACACAUGGACAUAAAUCCUGAUAAUGUGGCUACACCUAUAGCAGCAAGUCUAGGUGAUUUAACAACAUUGGCACUCUUAUCUUGGAUAGCAUCUUUAUUACAUAGGACAAUUGGUUCAAGUAUUAUACUGCCUUCUAUUAUUAUAAUUGGUGGUUUAAUUCUAGUGCCAGUUUGUGGAUACAUAGCAUAUGAAAAUAAAUUUACAAGGCAAGCCUUAGAUGAAGGGUGGGUUCCUGUGGUGUCUGCAAUGGUUAUAAGUAGCGCGGGGGGAUUAAUAUUAGAUUAUACUGUGUCAAAUUAUUCAGGAAUUGCAGUAUUUCAGUUGGUUAUCAAUGGGAUAGGUGGUAACAUGGUAGCAGUGCAUGCAUCCAGACUCUCAACAUCAUUGCACACUGGGCAGAAAAUGGAUUCAGUUUUGAGCAGCACUACAAAGCUACUUAUGGUUAUGGUGAUCCCCAGUCAACUAAUAUUUAUUCACACAAUUGAAUAUUUGAAGGCUGGACACACUUCUUUAACUCCAAUUUUUAUUCUUAUUUAUAUGUCUGCUGCUCUCCUGCAAGUAUUUCUCUUACUAACAAUAAGUCACUAUAUGGUAGUGGGUAUGUGGAAAUUGGGGAUGGAUCCUGAUAAUUCUGCUAUACCAUAUUUAACAGCAUUAGGUGAUCUUUUAGGUACAGCAUUAUUAGGUAUAGCCUUCCAUGUUUUAUAUGCCAUCGGUGAUAAGGAUAGUGACUUAGGUGAUUAAUAUAUGUACAUAUUUAUAUACAUACAUGUACUAUUUAGUAUUAUAAUGAAUGCUCAAACUGUAUAAAAAAGACUUGUAUACUUAAACUAAA